CAGCGGUGCCCACCCAGAUCGGACGGUGGAUAGCAGCCGAAUCGCCGGCCAGCGCAGGUUAGCAGAGCCCGAGGGCCUCGGAUAUCUCGGAGUUCACCAGAACGGGGUGGUGGCAACGUGCCCUGCCGCCGACGGUUAAGGACGGUUUCUUUCCUAUUUUUCUUCAUCUUUUUGCUUGUUCCACGGUUGAGGAGUUUGAUGCCGACCGAUUGCAUCAUCGAAAGGGAAAGGAGGCCGAAUCCCAAACCAAACCUCUCACCCUUACGCGCGUUCUUCUUCUCCUUCCCUUGGAUCCGAUCCCUCCGCCUCCUCGAGGCGCUUCAGACCUCGGCCUCCCCCUCCAGAUCCGCCAAAAAGGGUCACCGAGUCCCGAAAGCAGAGGAGAGAUAUCGGGAUCCGAGGGGACCCCGUCAGCGUCCGGAUCCACUCCAAAUUCGGACGAAAUCCACUGGAUUUCGAUCAUCUAAUCUUAUCCCAGAUUCAAAGAUCCAAUCUUGUUAGGUUGCAGAAGCAACUUGGAUCGAUUUCUUGAAGGAAAAAAAUCCAGGAAUCGAUUCCGAUGGAAUGAGACAAAACCAGGAAUUCAACAGCGUGAUAGAAAUGAGAAGAAUUCGUCAGAUCCGGCUCCUCUGAGACGCGAUCUGAGUGCAGGAAUCGGAGGAGAUCGAAUCCGAAUACCAUCCAAGAUGAGCGGCGGAGACGGUGGCAAGGAGGGGACGGUGAAGCUGGACGACGAGCAGCUGGCGGAGCUCCGGGAGAUCUUCCGGUCGUUCGACCGGAACAACGACGGCAGCCUCACCCAGCUGGAGCUCGGCUCCCUUCUGCGGUCUCUGGGUCUCAAGCCCAGCCCCGAUCAGCUGGAGGCUUUGAUCCAGAAGGCGGACACCAAUAACAAUGGCCUCGUGGAGUUCUCCGAGUUCGUGGCUCUCGUCGCACCGGAGCUUCUCCAGGCCAAGUCCCCUUACACGGAGGAGCAGCUCCGGCAGCUGUUCAAGAUGUUCGACCGGGACGGCAACGGCUUCAUCACCGCCGCCGAGCUCGCCCACUCCAUGGCAAGGCUCGGCCACGCCCUUACUGCCAGGGAGCUCACCGGCAUGAUCAAGGAGGCCGAUACCGACGGCGACGGCCGGAUCAGCUUCCAGGAGUUCUCCCAGGCCAUCACCUCCGCCGCCUUCGACAAUUCCUGGGCUUGAUCCUUCGACUUCCUACACUUCCGAUAGAAAGAUUCCAUGAGGGCAUGGGUAAAGAAACAUUAUUGAAAGCCCAAGCAUCAUUUAGAUAUGGCAGCUUCAUCAGAAGAACCAAUUAUUUGAAGUCUCCACAUGACAGAUUUGUGGCUGAAGAAUGCUGCAUCAAUGUGAGUGUGAGGGAUAACAGCACUUCAAGACUUGAACCCUGACCUUGUGCUGUGCAAUAUUUCGAGGAAUUCAGGCAUAUUUUUGACUAGAGGAAAUAAACCAUUCACAUGAAAUCUCCUCUGUUUGAAGUCCUGUGAGUAAUUGCGACUGUGAACGCAAGGACCUGAAUCCAUGAGCCUCCGGCUGUGCAUAUUUAAAGGAGGCUUUGCUGCUGGGUUUUCAA